AUGCAUGCUUGCGGGAUCAACAUCACCGACCUCCUGCAGAGGCUCCUCCGCGGCACCAUCGACUGUGAUACAAAGAACGGAGAUAGCAAGACAUCAUGGGACUGGGUUGUUCUUGUCGGCGAUGUGUGGAGGACACAUGGCGAACAAGUUGCCGCCGCUAGGAAGCACCUUCCGGGAUCGUUUGGACGCCCGCCACGUAAUCCCGCCGAGAAAGUCUCAAGUGGAUACAAGUGCUGGGAGUUCCUACACUGGAUCUAUGGCAUGCUCCCGGCGAUGCUCCACGGUAUUCUUCCAGAGCGCUACUGGAAGAGCUUCUGCAAGCUCGUCGCAGGCAUCCGUAUUGUAUUCCAGCGGCAAGCGACCAGGGCGCAGUGCGAAUACGCGCAUCGCAUGAUCUCGGACUUUGUCUAUGAAUUCGAGAAGUUGUACGUCCAGCGCAAGAUUUCCCGCAUGCAUUUCCUACCUCAGUGCCUUCAUGCAAUUCUCCAUCAUCCAACGGACUAUGAACAGAUUGGGCCCCUGAUAUGCUCUUCUCAGUUCACGAUGGAGCGUACAAUAGGCGAUCUUGGUGCAGAGAUUCGACAGCCAUCAAAUGCAUUUGCGAAUCUUGCGCAGCGUGCUCUACGACGGGCGCAGGUCAAUGGACUCAAGGCCAUGUUCCCUGACCUCGACCGGGGUCCGACCAAACAAUCUUCAAGUAACGUUCCAGUAUGCGACCUUGGGAAGGGUUAUAGCCUACUCCAUCCUCGGGAAGAUCGUCCGAGAUGCACGCGGCCGUGUGAAGCUCGUGCGAUCUUACAACACCUC